AUGGCUUCACCUAAUGGUUUUUCUAAUCACUUAACCUAUUUUCUGGCGGCGGCUGCUGUUGCCUUUGGAAUUGGUUUCUUUGCUUUGGCAUCAGCUUUGUGGUUCCUGAUUUGCAAACGAAGAGAAAUAUUUCAAAAUUCCACAUUUAAAGCAACUGAUGAGAGAUGCAGCCAAAGAUCAUCAGAGGCGGAGAGUAAAUCUCAUUCUCAGUGUGUUUUUAUUUCUCGAAAUUUUCAUACUGGAAUAUUCCAAUUACAGGAGGAGCAAAGAAAAAAGGAAACAGCACAUAUAGAAGCAAGUAAAGAUCACUCUAAAGAUGAAUUCUGCCUUGCAACAAAAAAGGUCAUUUGUGACCCUUCAGAGACUACCUCAACAACAAAGAGCAGCAAUGUGUCCUUAAGCCUAUCGACAUUACCAUCUGAUUCUUAUUACAGUGAAACUAUAGAAGCAGCUGAUGAGUGGUUUUCUGAUGAUUCUCUAGUGAAAAGGAGCUCUGCAAUACCUUUUCUCAAGGAACCUCUAAUGGAAAAAGUAUUUCCAUACCUGUCAACCAUUCCAUUAGAAGAAUGUACUGAAUAUGACACUUUAUGAUCAUCAAAAAGAUGACAUUAAUGAAAUAUUUUCAGGAAGAAAUACAGGAGUUAAAAUACAAAACCUUCAACAU